AUGAAGAAAGUAGCUGAUCCUGAACAGGUCCCCUGUGACAACUGUACUACAGCUAAUUCCACUGGAUACUGCAAAGACUGCAGUCAAUUCCUUUGUACAGAAUGUAUCUCUAUGCACAAGAAAUGGGCUCUUUUUGCUAACCAUCAGCUAACAAGUCUUGAUGAGGUGACAGCCUCUGAUGUCUCUUCUACUUCUCAAUUGCUAGCUCCAGCUAAACAGGAGACAACCCUCACUUGCUCUGUACCUAGUCAUGAGGACUCGUUAAGGUAUUACUGUGACACAUGUGAUGAAUCUAUCUGUCGUGAUUGUAUAAUGCUGGCUCAUAAAGAUCACAAGUAUAACUUAAUAGCUGAUAGUUUUACUAAACACAAAGAAGCACUGGAGAAAUGUCUUAAUCCG